AAAAAAAGUUUCAAAACUUACAUGAUGAGAACUUUAGUUGGAGGGCAAGUGGACCUAACUCUCUACUUACUCCAACAUCCCGUUUUGGUUUCAGUCUCUAUAAAUUUGCCCAUAACUCACAAGGAUUUUCCUUUGUCACAUCAUUUUAAAAUUAAGUAUACUGUUACACUCAUACACACACAAAAUGGCAAACUUGUGUACACUUGUUGGUUGCCUUGUCAUCUUCUUCUUCACUGUUGUCACACCUGCCUCUUCGGCCACUCACUCCGUCGAAUGGUCGCUCGGGAAGGAUUAUAGCUCAUUGGCUACCGGGAAACCAUUUGCCGUUGGCGAUACCAUCGUGUUCAAUUACGGUGCGGGUCACACGGUGGACGAAGUGAGUGAAAGUGACUACAAGAGUUGCACCUUGGGGAACUCAAUUUCUUCCGACAGUAGCGGAACCACAAGCAUAGCUCUCAAGACAUCUGGUUCUCACUACUUCAUCUGCGCUAUCCCAGGCCACUGCAGCGGCGGCAUGAAGCUCUCCGUCAACGUAGGUGCAGCAGCCUCUUCAGGCGGUGGAGGAGACGGUGCCACCGCCAAAAAUACACCGGCAGAGGGAGGAAAAACUUCUCCGGUAGAAGGUGGAAAGGCUGCUCCUUCUGCUUCUGCCACAGCUAUGUUGAAGCCGUUCGAGGCUUUGGUUGUGACUUGUGUAGUUGCAUUGUUAUACGGUUUGGCUCUUUCUUAGUUGGUUACAAGUGUUGUGGUGUGGUUUGACUCGUUUGAAAGACCAGGCUAGAGGCAGUGCUAUUAGCCCUAUUAUUAUAUUAUGCUUCUUGUUUUGUGAUUAAUUAUUCUAAUAAUAUUUUUCCUAUGUUUCGAAUUUACAUUUCUUUAUUGCUAUAAACCUUUACUAAAAACGUACAUCAAAUUUCGAC